UAUAAAAUAAAGCAGCGGAAUGUUGAUUCAUUUCAAAUAAAAAGUCCCGUACUUAUUAGACAUUCGUACUGUUAUCGUAAGUGCCGACAAAAUCUCUCAACCAUAUUGUCAAAAUAUACUAACGCAACGUCAUUUUAGCAGGCCGUCCAACUUAUCGUUAGCCUUGGUGUAUUUUUACUUGCCCAGCCCCUAUCGCACCAGAAUACAACCAAAGUCAAUAAUUUUUGUUUUCAACUUCAAACUCUUAAUAUUCGCAAACGUUUGAGAUUGCAUCACAUUCUGGCGUUCUGCAGCAAUUGUACUCCGACAUUCCAACAUCUGCUAUUGUCGGAAAUAUUUUAUACAUUUGGCCUACCACAAAUACGAUUUAAAAUUUCGGUUUCCAACUUUACAUAUAAUAUCUAAAGCCCUCUUUUGCCAUAUGAUUAAUAAUAACUUUGUUAUGAUUAAACGUUUUUAAUCGUGAAAGAUAUUUUCAAAUUAUUUAUACGAAAUCGGAAAAUGCAGACACACCAUUUAUGUACGUAUGUUCAAACAUGAAUAUGUACCGCUUUUUCGAUAACUUACUUGGGGAUUAAUUUGGUAAUAUAUUUAAUAGCUUAAUGCGAUUUUCACGUAUUUCGAUAACGUUCACAACAUUACUAAUAUUUAUUUAGUGCGUGUUUUUAUAUUGCAUUGUGUUCAUUUGGCUGUGUGAACACUGCAAAUAUUUAAAGCAUUUUUUGUGUAAAAUUUUAUCUUAGAAAUCUUAGAUAAGCAGAGCUACUUACCAAUGGCAACAGCAAAAAUUUAUAUACAUAUAUCUAUAAAUGCAAAUAUAAUAUAUAAAUAUCUAUACGUUGUUUAAUAUAUAUCGUUAUUUAAUCGAAGAAUUCAAUAAAUCACCUACGUGAGCACACAACACUAUAAGUUAUUAUUUAAAAGCUGUAAUUUUUGUCAGGAAAGUGAGAAAUCAAUUCACUUUCUGCCUCUUCAGUCACUAUACGGAGUCACGGUACGAGAGUCCUUGCAAAAAUAAAGAAAUUUCAGUUUAAAUAUUUCUUGAGUGAAUAAGUAACGCUCGUUUUUUGAAAAACAAAGUGAUUUUCUAGCUUAAAAUGGUUGCUAAAGAUUCUAAUGAAAAUUCACUGUGGGCAAAAAUUUUGGAAAGAGUGGAAAUCCUUAUUUGGGUAGCUAACCAAGCCUGCAUUGGAUUCGUGACAAUAUAUAUGUUUUGGUUAUGUAUUUACCAAGAUAUGGAUACCAUGCAGUUGCAUGCUUUUCUAGUGACCAUUGGUUUCUCGCUGCUAAUGGCGGAGGGUAUAAUGUGCCAUUAUAGCAUCAACCCGCUGACAAACGGUUUUAAACGCAAAGCUAAAACCACCAUACAUUGGGUGCUGCUGACACUCGGCGGUGGCUGUGGAGUGGCCGGUUGUAGUGUUAUGAUUGCCGUAGUGAAAUUCAAGAUGGAUCAAAUUCAUAAUCGUUUAGGUUUCGCUGCAUUUAUACUCUGCCUCAUCAGUAUGCUAUCAGGCUUGUGUGCUCUCUUUUCAAACACUCUACGACGCAUACUCAGUCCGUUAUUUAAUAAGGGCUUUCACAAUGUAGUUGGCUUCGGCACGUUUCUAACGGCAUUACUUGCGCAAUUCUACGGCUAUGAGUAUUUUCAUCACAGCAUACUAUGGUCCUUCGUCAGAGUAUUACAAGUGGUGACGCUUGUGUCGCUAGUGCUCACUUCGAUUGGGCCGCUUAAGGCACUCUAUCGGAAAAUUGCAAGUUUUUUCGAAUGAAAUGCGCACUUAAAGAUAUUCGCAAUUGAGUAACUCAAAGCGCUAUAAGCUAAGUAGUAUGUAUUUUUAUUGUAUUUAUUCAUGCAUUAUUUUCGAACAUUUUCAUGUAUUUAUUUUAUUUGUUUUUGUUAUUUUUUAUUGUUAGGCGG